GGUGAUAUAAGCAAAGAAGGUAUUGUUAAGAAUCCACGUCAACAUCGUCAACCCCCGUUUUUCUACGUUGUUUCUUCUUCUUCUUCUUUACCAAAUCACGAUUACAGGGAGUGGAUUAAGGUCUGUUUUUGUUUAGUUGGGACAGAACAUGCAGGAAACCGUGGGCUCGGUUUCGGCCAUUGUUUCUCUCCGUACACGAAAGGACGCACUUCACUAAUCCGCUGUCGUUUUGGUUUCUGUACAACGUAUUAAACGCAGGGGUUGAGCAGCAGAUUAAGGGACCACCAGGUUUUUGAGGUUUGUUGAUCAAACGAUCUCGAAACGGUGCCGUUUUUGUGUAUGGUGGCGCGGUGAUCAUAUGGCGGAGGAGGACACGGAGAGUCGGUGUAGCAUACCCGCGGGGUUUUCGCCGGCUUUGACCAAGAAGCAAAAGCUGAAAGUGAAUAUCUACAAUGAAGUUCUGGUUCGGCUUAAAGACUCGGAUGUUUCGGAGGCCCGACAACCCGGUUUCGAAGAUGAACUCUGGUCUCAUUUCAAUCGCCUCCCAACUAGAUAUGCUUUGGAUGUGAAUGUGGAGAGGGCACAAGAUGUUCUCAUGCAUAAAAGACUAUUACAUAUGGCACAUGACCCGGCCACUAGACCCGCAGUAGAAGUCCGUCUUGUGCAGGUUCAUUCUUCUUCUGGUUCAAACUCAUCCAGAAAGGCAGAUGCUCAGUGUUCUGGUUCUGCUGGCAAACAGAGUCAUCCACCACCAGCAUUUGGUUUGUCGGAAGACCUUGAACUUGCUCUUGAAGCCAAGAAGUUACAAGUUCAACAUGGGAAUAACACUGUUCCAAGGCCGAUUUAUGAAAUUACAAUCUCAACUAGUGACAAGCCCAAACUCCUCAGUGAGCUGACAUCCUUAUUAUCUGACAUCGGACUAAACAUUCAAGAAGCACACGCUUUUUCUACAACAGAUGGCUACUCCUUGGAUGUCUUUGUCGUUGAUGGUUGGGAAUGUGAGGAAACUGAACGGCUUAGACAGACAUUGGUAAACGUAAUACUAUGGAGUGAGAAGAAUCCUUGCUUGGAUCACAAUGUUAUGCCCCCUGUUCUGGGGCCAGACGGUGGAAUGAAGGUCACUGGUGAUCAUGUCAGCACAUCCAGUGAAGGAAAAGAUAUCUGGGAAAUUGAUUCCAGCCUAUUGACAUAUGAAAAGAAAAUUGCUUCUGGAUCAAAUGGUGAUUUAUAUCAAGGUACUUUCUGUGGUCAAGAUGUGGCCAUCAAAGUUCUUAGCACUGACCGCCUAAAUGAAACUAUGAAGGAGUUUGCGCAAGAAGUCUCUAUAUUGAGAAAAGUUCGGCACAAGAAUGUUGUUCAAUUCAUAGGGGCAUGCACUAAACCUCCUAACCUCUGCAUAAUUACUGAAUUUUUGUCUGGGGGUAGCAUGUAUGACUUUCUGCGUAACCAAAAGGGUGCUUUUUCACUUCAGUCCUUGCUCAAAGUUGCAGUUGAUGUUUCCAGGGGAAUGAAAUACUUGCACCAAAAUAAUAUAAUCCACAGGGACUUGAAAGCUGCUAAUCUUUUGAUGGAUGGAAAUGGAGUUGUCAAAGUAGCUGAUUUUGGGAUUGCUAGAGUACAGGCACAAUCCGGUGUCAUGACUGCAGAAACUGGCACUUACCGUUGGAUGGCUCCAGAGGUUAUAGAACAUAAACCUUAUGAUAACAAAGCCGAUGUUUUUAGCUUUGGGAUUGUUCUGUGGGAGCUUCUUACAGGAAAGCUUCCCUAUGAGAACUUAACACCACUACAAGCAGCACUUGGUGUCGUCAAGAAGGGUCUGAGGCCUCCGAUUCCAAAGCACACUAACCCCAUGUUAGUUGAGUUAAUGGAGAGUUGCUGGCAGCAUGACUCAUCCUUGAGACCUGAGUUCUCAGACAUUGUAAAUAUGUUGCGACAGAUGACUAGGAGGGUUGCGGAUGAAAGGGAGGAUCGGAGAAAGGGAAAAUCAGCCAAACUCGUGCAACUUUCCUUAGUUGGAAGCUCACUGAGACACGAAGGAGACCCUGUUUUGAAAAUGGCAGAGAGACCAGAGCAAGUAGAGGUCGAGAUCGAAAGAAGCUCAGGUGACACAGUUGGUGUGGAGUCUUUCCGACGGAGAAGCAAAGAUCAGGUACCGGAAGCUGCACCGAACUCGGGUGGAGCUCAAGUUCUGAGGUGCAGCUCAAGUAACGCUUGGAAGCCUCCAAUGAGCAAGACCAGGUCCAGGCUUAUUGACCCACCUGAAGAUUGUCGGCCCAAGUCAGAUAAGGUGGGCCAUGACGAGGACGAUGGCUUUGACGUUGAUGAUAUUCCGGAAGAGUACAAGAGGAUGAAGUUCAACACUUUGACGUUAGUUCAAUGGGUGAGUCUUGUUUGUGUUUUGGGUGCUUUAGUUUGUAACUUUUGGAUUCCUAUGAUAAGGAGGCAAAAGGUGUGGGAUCUUCCGAUUUGGAAAUGGGAGUUGUUGGUUUUGGCAUUGAUUUGUGGGCGUUUGGUUUCGGGUUGGGGGAUUCGGGUGGUUGUGUUCUUUGUGGAGAGGAAUUUCCUGUUGAGGAAGAGGGUUUUGUAUUUUGUUUAUGGGUUGAGAAAGGCUGUGCAGAAUUGUCUCUGGUUGGGUUUGGUUUUGGUGGUGUGGCAUUUGAUAUUUGAUAAGAAGGUUGAGGAGGAGACCAGGAGUAGGGUCUUACCUUAUGUGACUAGGACACUGGUGUGUUUUUUGGUUGCUACCUUGAUUUGGCUUGUGAAGACAAUACUUGUCAAGGUCCUUGCUUUGUCUUUCCAUGUAAAGGCGUAUUUCGAACGAAUUCAGGAGGCUUUGUUCAACCAGUAUGUGAUUGAGACGCUUUCUGGUCCUCCUUUGUUCGAAAGGCAGCACAUACAAGAAGAGGAGGAAAAGGCUGCAGCGGAGAUUAGGGAGUUUCAGAAGGCUGGGGCUUGUAUGCCUCGCGAGCUCAGGGCAACUCUUCUUUCAAGGAAUGGGAGGGCUUUGGGGAGUGGUGGACUGCAGAGUAGCCCCACAAUCGGGAGGAGUCCUAGAUUUUCUAGGCCUACAACGCCUAAAUCUGUGAAGCAAGAUGAGGAGAUCCCAGUUGACCAUUUGCAUAAGCUGAAUCAGAAAAAUGUAUCGGCUUGGAAUAUGAGGAGAAUGGUGAAUAUCAUCCGGCACGGCUCCUUAACCACUCUAGAUGAACAUAUACUAGAUAUUAAGGACGAUGCAUCUGUGGAGAUCAGAACUGAAUGUCAGGCAAAAGAGGCAGCCAAGAAUAUAUUCCUCAAAGUAGCCAAGCCAGGUUUCCAAUGCAUUUUCCUUGACGAUCUGAUGCGCUUUAUGAAUAAAGAUGAAGCCUUGAAGACGAUUGGUCUCUUUGGAGCAGCAAGUGAGCAUGAUGGGAUCAGCAAGUGUACUCUUAAAAAUUGGGUGGUGACUGCAUUUAGAGAGAGAAGAGCUCUAUCAUUGUCUCUCAAUGAUACAAAAACAGCAGUUGAUGAACUCCACAAUUUAUUAAACAUCCUUGUGGGUGUGAUAAUUGUGAUAACCUGGUUCAUUAUACUUGGGAUUCCAAUCACCCACUUCCUUGUGUUCAUAAGCUCCCAAAUUCUUUUGGUUGUAUUUAUAUUUGGGAACACAUGCAGGACUGUUUUCGAAGCAAUCAUCUUUCUGUUUGUAAUGCACCCAUAUGAUGUGGGUGAUCGUUGUGAAGUGGAUGGAGUCCAGAUGGUAGUUGAUGAGAUGAAUCUAUUAACGACAGUGUUUCUGAAGUUUGAUAACCAGAAGAUUAUAUACCCCAACAGUGUUCUUUCAACCAAGCCAAUUGCUAAUUAUUAUCGUAGUCCAGACAUGGGAGACGCUAUUGAUUUCUGUGUUCAUAUAUCAACUCCAUUGGAUAAGUUGGCCAUUGUGAAAGAACGAAUCAUAGGGUACAUUGAAACCAAGACUGACCACUGGCAUCCAGCACCAAUGGUGGUCUUGAGGGAUGUGGAGGAACUGAACAAACUGAAGAUAUCAGUGUGGCUUACACACAAGAUGAAUCACCAGGACAUGGUGGAGAGAUGGAGUCGGAGAGCCCUUUUGAUCGAAGCAAUGGUCAAAGUGUUCAAAGAGCUUGACAUUCAGUAUCGAUUGCUGCCUAUCGAUGUCAAUGUCCGAAACAUGCCAAGUUCAACCUCCAAACCCCCUUCAAAUUGGACUGCUUGUGCUCCCUAA